UACCCUGUCGCAAUAACGCUGCGUGGAGCACAUGAAAGCGUAGCAACACGAGUGGUCUUAAUUAUUGUGCGUUAAAACGCCAUUUUAUUGUAAGGGACUUCUGUUCUUAAGGGUUUUUGACACUCACUGAUGACCAAACCUGAACGAGGUAGGAACCCACAGCCGAUGGGUUGAUGGAGUCUUACAGUGCAAUUGCAGGAUCGUGAAGGUUGGAAAAGACCUCUCAGAUCCAAUCCCAGCCCACCCCCCUGUACCCACUGGCUAUGGCUCUCUGCCACAUCUGCAUGGCUCUGGGACCCCCCAGGGAUAGCGACCCCACUGCCUCCAUAGGAGCCAUGCGCACCAUCCAGCUGCUUGCGCGCCUUGAGGGCAGAAGUUCUCUGAAAAACCUUGAACCUAAUCUGUUUGCUGAGGAAGGAUCUCCUGUUCAUGGAGAUGUCAUUGAAUUCCAUGGUCCAGAAGGAACAGGAAAAACUGAAAUGCUUUAUCACCUGAUAGCCCGCUGCAUCAUUCCAAAAUCAGGAGGGGGACUGGAAGUCGAAGUCAUGUUCAUUGACACAGACUACCAUUUUGAUAUGCUUCGUCUCGUUACCAUUCUUGAGCACAGACUGGAGCAAAGCACAGAAGAGAUGGUGAAGCGCUGCCUGGGAAGGCUUUUUCUUGUGAACUGUAACAGUAGCACCCAGUUACUUCUCACUCUUCAUUCUCUAGAAAACAUGUUUUGCACCCACCCUUCUCUCUGCCUUUUGAUUUUAGAUAGCAUAUCAGCUUUUUAUUGGAUUGACAGGAGUAACGGAGGGGAGAGUCUUAACUUGCAGGAGAUGAAUCUGAAGAAAUGUGCAAACUUUCUUGAAAAGCUUGUGAGGGAGCAUCACUUAGUCCUGUUUGCCACAACACAGUCCAUUAUGCAGAAAUCUACAAACUCUGCAGAAAGCUUCUUUCCUUUAAAACUUCAGCAUGAAAUUGAUGCAGACUAUCGGCCUUAUCUUUGUAAAUCAUGGCAACAAAUGGUAACCCACAGGAUAUUUUUUUCCAAGCAAUUUAAUUCUGGCAACAGUAAAGGUUUUACGCUCAUUUCUUGCCACCUCAAAAAAAGCCACGGUGCAAAACGUUCAUUUAAUAUUGCAGAAUGUGGAGUUCAGUUUUAAUUUCAGUUGAUCGUUGGAAGGUCUGGCGAAUCUUGGUGCUUAGGCCCGAUUUGCUCUAGGUAGGUUUUAGUGCCUUCUAAAUGAGCAGUUUGUUGCUGGGUGAUUAAAUACUUUUGUCACUAAUUUCUUUAACAAAGAGAAGGGCAGAACACCUUGGCAUUUUUAACUGCUGUGGAUGUUCAGUCUCAGCUAGCGAGAAAUGUUGCGAUUAUUCGUUGGUGCUUAUUGCGAAAAGGAAAUUAAAUCAAGAAAAUGGCAACUGAAAUAAUUUUAAACUCCUGGUGUCCUUCAUUAAUGUAACCUCUGCAAUAUGCAGUCAAACGUACUGACUUCAUUUCUGCGUCUUAUGCUUUUUAAUCCUCUUCUUCCAAGGUACAGAAAUAGAAGCCUACUUAUCCGUGGGGUAGACUGCGAAAAGGCCAAGUGUUCUCUUUCCAAAAAUAUGGGUCUGGGUUCAGUAGCCAAGGACACAUGAAAUGCAUCCACAACUCUGCCUGAAGAGAAGGAUUUGUCUUCACAGCCUGUUAAAUAGUAGUAAUCCUGGCUGUGGUUCUCUGGUCUCACAGUUUCUCUGCUAACAUUAUCAUAAGCUCAGAGAAACAAGGAUUUCAGGUGUUUUGACCUUCAGAAGCUGAUGGUUUUGAAGAAUCAAAAGCAUGGAGGCCUGGUUUCUGUAAGUGAAGGAGGAGCUGAAGACCCAGCUCUGGGUACCCAUGAGUCUGUGCUGCAUGCAGCAAACAGUUUUGACAGUAAUGACAUUGACAAUAACGAAGUAUGGCUUAUGGGUUGGUUGGGGUGGUGUUGGUUUUUUUAAUGCUCAGACAAAUUUCUUUCUUCCUCUCCCUCAUUAUUUCCUCCCACUUUUUUCCCUUCCUCCAUCCUCCUUAAGAAAUUCAGGAAUGCCAUGCCUCUGGUCUUUACCAAUAUGGAUUUGCCACAUACAGAGCAUUUGUGUGCAGGAUUUGGCAUGCAACGUGUUGCAAUUCUGGCAAAGAAAAUUCAGAACUUAUGGGAAAUGCCCUACAGUUCUGGCAAAGAAUACCAUAUUAUUUAUUAACCUAGAGUGCCCUUCGAAAGCUUCAAAGUGCUUUACAAGAAAGAAGAUUGCACACAGUACAUUAUUUAAUACAAAAACUUACAUUAGCUUACAAAUUUAAAUGACUCAAACAAGGGGAAACGUUUCUCACAGCAAUAUUCAUUCAGUCUUGUUGCACAACACGUUUUAUAGCUUAGACAGAACAGAUUAUUAAUCAAAACACAUAUUUAAGAAAUAUUUUGCCCAGUAUCUUUUUGAGAAAGGCGCCUUUAAAAAAGUCUAUGGUGAGACUCUCACCUUUUAACUUGCUGACUUCUGAAGCCUGCCUUUCCAAGCUGAAUGCAUACCUGAAUUCCACCCAGUAUCUGGGUGGGCUUGUGAACCCAGACCUCCGUAUGUGGAGCUGGGAGCGCACGUCCGUGCUCCUGUAUGUGGAGGCCGGCACCUGCGUGGUAUGGGCAGAACUCUGUGAAGAUGUUGAGCAGCUCUGCGUCCUUCCAGCCCAGUGCUCCUGCCCAAAGCAGAGCAGGUGGGAGAGGUGCCAGCAAAGUCACUUCUCACUGGCAGGUGCUCCUGGCUGUCAGCAGUGGGGCUUUGGGGAAGCUUUUCAGCAGAAGACCCAUGGUUAAUGGCAAGUAAACAAACCUAUCCUUCACCUACUCAUCCAUUUUUAACUUUGUUUCAUCUUGAAUUCCAUCACUUUCACAAUGAAUUUAGUUUCAUUAUUCUUUCUGUGGGAAACUAUGGGUUUUUUGGUUGAAUUUUUCAUCUUAAGCCUCCUCUGAUCAUUUCUUCAUGUCUUCAGUUCUUUUCUUGUGAGGCAUAACGAGUGAAAGUUCUUUUUUUCACAUCUCUGCAAUGGUGAUGAUUUUAUCAAUUUUGUCAUUUUGUUUGUGCUUUCUUUUCCAUCACCACUUUUCCUUAUUUCAGAACUGAUGCGAGAGCACAGAGACAAGAAAAACAUAAAACUGAACCACUCCAUGUAGAGUGGGCCAGAGUUCAAUGCCUUAAUAGGAGUGGGCACAUCCACUGUGAAUUAUUACACAGACACACUUGCAUGUUUUAUAAGAACAGCUGAGAUGAUGCAAAUAGAACUGCAGAACCUUCAAAUGUGAAAAUUAAUGGGCUGCAUCGUUUCUACUUUCAAAAGUCAACAGUUCCCUCUUCUAUCAGCGCACAGCUCUGCUGAAGAUGAACUGCUUUCAUAAAAUCAUACUUGCUGAAAUAUGUUUGAGGGAGAACAAAAAAAAAAAAAGCAGUGGAAAUGUUCUGGCAUUCCCAUCUGGAAUAAAAGCUUUUAUAAUGUUCACAAUGUAGUUCAUAUUUUGCAUUGUACUAUAAAAUAAAUGCCUAAGUUGAAAUGAAGCCAAAGUUCUAAUUGAUUACAAAGCGUUUAGCUCAGGAGAUUUUGAAACUUCACAUUUAUUUUUACUUUGAGUGCAGACAAAUUUACUUGUGUUCUUAAUUCUCUGCUGAUUGCAGUGAUGGUGCACUGCACAGUUGUUGUAGAUACACAGCAAGCCCAGCUUUCAGGAAUGUGGAACCCCUGUGUAUCCCUGUGCAUCUGCAGGAGGGACAGGCAGAACACCAUCUGGGAGUGCACUGACCUCACCCUCUGCACAGAUUGUGCUGUUUAGAUAAAUGAUAAGGGAUGAGAGUCUAAAACAUAAAGAACCUGGCAAGCAGCAGUUUUGUACCUUAGUUAACUGUGGGUAUUACAAACGGUCUUCAGUGGGGACUUUUCUCCUCCAAAGCCUCCCUUUUCACCCAGCCCUAUGUGCUGCCUAGUUUCCAGCCCACUGGGUGACCUGCAGUGCUGCUGCCAGGCAGGAACAAUGUUUUGGUGAUUGGGGCUGAGCAGGUCCAGUAGUUGGAAAGUGCCCUGUGAAAGUGCCACUGUGCAUUAAGUAUGAGAAAGGAAUGCAUAUACCCUCAAACUCUAAUUUAUCCACGUAUUUCUUAGAAAUGAAAAUCCUUUCAUGUCAGUGUCGCUGCGCUUCAGCUGAAUGUUGUAUUAUGAGGCUUUUGUAGUUGUAGGAACUUUUUGUAUUUCUCAGAAUUUUGUUUGUUGCUUCAUUUGCAACACUGGAUUAAAGCAGUGAGCAUAAAAUGAAGAGGAACUAGUUGGGCCUUUUUUCCUCAUCCUUUUAUAAUGAGAGAAUUUUGUAGCAAAAACAAAUUAAGACCUUCUGCAGGUUUUAUAUUUAUUUUUAAAAUAAACCCAGAUUUCUACAGACACCUGUAAAGUAAAUGUCAUUUUUAUAUUCAGCAUUUCAUUUUUUUUUUUUUAAUCCUAGACUUUUUAAUAGAGCAAAUAAAAUACAAGAAACA